CCAUAUUCCGCUUCCUAUAAGUGAGCCGUCUGUCGUUUUCCUCGCGUGGGAGAGGGUGGGCAGGGAGGUUUGGAACUCUUGCCCGGUAUCUCUGGUGCUGGCUGCGUGUGACUGAUCGCACUGCCUGUGUAGAUCAAAGCCCUGGUCCGGCUUCGCGUUCCCCGCAGAGAGGCACAUGAAAAUCAGUGGCUUUCUUCUGAAGUCCGUCAUGCCUUUUCUGGGGCGAGGUGUACGGCACACCGGGUCUGGAGAAAAAACCGACUCUCAGCUGCUAAUGUUGCAAAUAAGGCUUUGAAACUCUUACCCGUGAAACUUUGUCUGGACUCAAAAUUCCUAUCCAGCAGAUUUUAAAAACUAAAGGAAGAUGUCCUUUUUCCCUAAAAUUGCUUUCCAAUAUGAAGUUGAAGAGUAUCUCACCAAAGUGUUCAGAAAUAACGAGCUUAUCACUGCUUUAGGUGCACAAGAGGCAGAGAAUAAAUACCAAUCUCUGUUAAGUCAUCUAUCUCAUCCACCAGCUUUUACAACUGUAAGAGUAAAUACCCACUUGGCCUCAGUGAAACAUGUGAAAAAAUUGCUGUUUGAAGAGAUCCAGAAGGAGCCAAGACAUUUCUGUGAUGCAGAGGCAGUUGACAGUGUUCUGCUGGCUGGGAUGCAGUUUAAAGGACUACAUGUUCCAGUUCUUGAGCACCCAAAACUUCAGGACAUUUUAUUAAUUCCUGUCAUUGGACCCAGACGAGAUUUAAAAAAACAUGCCUCUGAAGUCAUAGUUGGAGCCCAGUGUGGAUAUGCAGUACUUCGAGGAGCUCAUGUUUAUGUCCCUGGAAUUGUAUCCACCUCAAGAUUUGUGAAAGCUGGAGAUGUGGUUUCAGUGUAUUCAGAUAUUGAAGGGAAAUGCAAAAGAGGAGCCAAAGAAUUCGAUGGAGUCAAAGUUUUCCUUGGAAAUGGGAUCUCAGAACUCAGUCGCAGUGAAAUCUUCAGUUCAAGUGGCCCAUUGAAGGGGCUGGGUAUAAGAAUGAUCGAGCCAGUCUACCUUAGUCCUUCAUUUGACAAUGUGCUCCCCAGUCAUUUAUUUUUACAGAAUUUACCUUCUGUGGUUGUGAGCCAUAUUUUAGACCCUCAGCCAGGAGAGAAAAUUUUGGAUAUGUGUGCUGCACCUGGAGGAAAAACAACCCACCUUGCAACAUUAAUGCAUGAUCAGGGUGAAGUAAUAGCCAUGGACAAGACAGCUAACAAGGUCAAGAAAAUCAAGCAGAAUGCUGAAUUGCUACAGUUGAAUUGCAUUAAGGCCUUUUGCUAUGAUGGAACAAAGGCCCUUUCAGUUGAGAAGAGGGAAGAUAAACAAGAAGGGCCUCCAUUCUUACCAGAGUCAUUUGAUCGAAUUCUUCUUGAUGCUCCAUGUAGUGGGAUGGGACAGAGACCAAACAUGGCUUAUUCCUCAACUUUAAAGGAAUUGACCUCGUAUCAGCCACUACAGCGCAAGCUUUUCACUGUGGCAGUGAAGUUGCUGAAGCCAGGAGGUGUUUUGGUAUAUAGUACAUGUACAAUUACACUUUCAGAAAAUGAGGAGCAAGUUGCUUGGGCCCUGAAAACUUUUCCAUGCCUCCAGCUUCAUCCACAGGAACCUCACAUUGGAGGAGAAGGCAUGAAGGGAGCUGGAUUAACACUUGAUCAGUUGAAGCUGCUGCAGAGAUUUGAUCCAUCUGCUGUGACAUUGCAAGGAAUGGAUAUUAAUUCUUUGCAAGAUUCCAGAGAAGAUGACCUGAUUUCAUCGGCAAAUAAGGACUGUAUAGGAUUUUUCAUUGCCAAAUUUAUUAAAUUGAACAGUAAAUAAGGAUUUGGGAAUGCAACCUGAAAAAAUACCUCAGUGAGUCUAAGAACAGUUCAGACGUGAAGUGCCUUUCUUCCUGCUGCAAUGUUACCAAGCCAACAGGCUGACGGCAGGGUUGCUAUGGCAGCAACUAAAAUCUGCCAGCUGUUCUGAUGGGAAAGAGCCACAGGUUGCAGCAGAAAAGUCAUGUUUGGGGGAAGGGUAGUGUCAUUUAUAACUCUCCUUUUGUAUUUACAGCAGGUCAGUGCCUGAAUGACAACUGUGUUCACUCAUACUGCUGUCUGCUCUGUUUUCCCCUUAUCUGGUGCAGCAAGUGUAGGAAGGGGAUGUAAGCUGCUUUAUGAAAUGCAAACAUAAAUAAAAUAGGAACUAUUACAAUGAAUUUUGGAAAGGGUAUUUUCUGUGGAGGUUUACCAAUAUUCAGUUUCCUUAAAUAGUGCUUCUCAAAACACUGCAACAUUUUACAAAGAACUGUUUUAUAAAUUGAUACUUAGAACCUCAUUUCUCUUUUAUUUUAAUACAAGCAAGAUUCUCUGUACACAUAGUAUAUACACAAAAUACGAUUAGGCUUUGUAGCAUGUCUUUUAUAGCAGCAUGAAUAUAUUAAACCAUCUCACUCUGGGAAUGUAAAUAAAUAUUGUUUCAACAUCAAACUUCCCAUGCAUAAACUGUAUCGGUUCUGAAAUAGCCUAUUGGACUGGCUGACAAGUGACAGUUUCAAAAUCAAACAUUCGUAACAGAAGGGGCUACAGUUAUAACAAAAUAUUAUGAAUAUAUCAAAAGACAGAAAACAAUGCAUAAUACCAUCUGAAAUGUUGCAAAUCACCUUCCAAACAUCUAAGGAUAUUAACCCUUUAUUGGUUAGAAAGUAUCACCAGCUAAAAUAAUGAAAAUUGAAACUGGGGAAGCAUGCUAAUGCCUUAGUACGUUGCUCAAGGUUUAAAUAAUCUAAAUUUCUUAAUGAUGUUAGAUGUAUUUGAAAAUUCUUCAGUUCCAGUUUGAAUAUUCUCAGUCCUGCUGGAACUGACAAUAGCACUAAAAUUAGAAGGAAGGCUGAGGACAAUGGAAAAACACAAGCUGACAUCUCUGUAUGUUUGGUGUUUUCCUCUUACUUAUCAAUUUCCAGUUUUACAAACCAUUUUCUGAAAAAUGUCUUUUCACACAUAAUUAUUUGGUUGGAUUAAAAAGAGCAAUAGUUCUUUUAUCAUUUGUCUUUCUACUGUCAGAAAAAAAGAGCUUUUUGUAUUUGCUCGCAAUCAAAAUUAUUUUUCUUGGUAGUCUGGUUUGUUUACUUGUAUUUUCCAUAAAUGUUUUGAUACAGUAUGUUUUCUCCUGCUCUUGAAUAAAAAUCAAAUGUUUCUUCUGUCCUGCCAAGGCUGAC